UCAAGUUGGAAAAGGUCGUGGAAUGGAUCAGCUGCUCCCUUGACUCGUGGUCGUUGUCUCCUCUUGGCACCAAAACAUUUCCACGCACCGUAGAACAACCGAUCGAUUCCACCCAGCCCGACCGCCUUAUUACUCCCUCGAUCGAUCGCCGGCACCCGCCCCGGUCUUCUUCCUCAGCGACAGCGAUCCACACCAUGUACCAUCUCCUCCUCCUCGUCCUGCUCCCCUUCGCCACAGCCGACGCCCACGCCGCCGCUUUCUGCAGCAACGCCACCUGCGGCGGCCAGAGCAUCACCUACCCAUUCUGGCUCGCCAACUCCGGUCCCAACUGCGGCUACCCGGGCCUGGGCGUCUCCUGCAACGACAACGCCCCGAUCAUCGACGUCCAGUUCCACCAGUACAGGGUCCUGCGCAUCGACUACGCCAACCGCGCCGUCUCCCUCGCCGACGUGGACGCCUGGAACACGACCUGCCCGCGGCUCAGCUUCAGCCUCUCCGUCGACCCGCGCUCGUCGCUGCAGCUCACGCCCUCCAACUCCAACCUCACCCUCCUCUACAACUGCAAGGCCGGCGUCCCCCGGCCCUCCGCUGUGAAACUCGACGGGUGCCCGGAACAGAGCAUGGCCUGGUACGUGCUCCCUGAUGACGACGGGGUCACGGGCGACGCGCGCGCGUACGGGUGCGAGGAGGCGGUGACGACGCCGGUGCUGACGAGCCCGCGUCGUCCGGCGAACCCGUCGCUCCGUGAGGUGCUCAGCGGCGGGUUCGAGAUGCGUUACGACGAUCGGUCCGAGCGGUGCGGCGCAUGCGAGCAGUCCGGCGGACGGUGCCGAUACGGGCGCAUCGAGGAGCACGGCGGGACGGGGUUCGCGUGCGUCUGCGACGACGGCGCGAACAAGCUCCGGUGCGGGGAUGCCCGCUCUUUACGCUGGAAGAGACAAAAAUUGUAUAAAAUAGCAAGCACAUCGAGCGUAGUUCUGAUAUUCUUUGCAUGUUUGUUGGUCUAUAAGAAAUACAAUUCUGUAGUUUCGGGGAGUCGUCUUCAAUGCUCCUUCCAUGAGCCUGUUGAGGUUUCCUUGAGUCUCUUGACAAGUCACACCGGAUCUGGCUCAUCUAGAGGUGAUGCAGAGUUACGACAAGACGGUGGUGAUCUUCUCCGGUGACAUUCUGGCUUGUAGGCUUCAUGAACGGACAACUUGGCCCCUAAAUGGGUUUGGUGUAAAUGACAAGUGAUUAGAGGGAAUAAUGUUUACAAGAUGUAUGGCCAGUUAUUAGUCUCAUGGUCGAACAAUAAAGAUGGUUGACCCCCCCCCCCUCCCCCACACACCCACACACCCACAAAGCAAGAAGAGGAAAAGAUGUAAACUACUUUUAAUUACCAUAUUUAUCUUAUGUUUUAGUCAUAGGGAAGCUUGACUAUUAAGAAGGGUUUCAUGAUAAACUUAA